AUGUUUCGUCGUGUGUCGACGCGUGUGUUGCCCACUGCGUGCAGUGCGGCCCAUAACGUGAGCCUGCGCUUCUGCAUCAGCAUCAACGUACCCACGAUUGCCGAGUCCAUCAGUACGGGUAAGGUUGUGAACUGGACGAAGAAGGUCGGCGAUGCCGUCGCAGAGGACGAAGUAAUUUGCCAGAUCGAGUCUGACAAGCUUAACGUCGACGUGCGUGCGCCGACGAAUGGCGUCAUUACGAAGAUCAAUUUCGAUGAUGGCGCGGAUGUCGAGGUCGGCGCGGAGCUGUCCACGAUGAAGGAGGGCCCCGCACCAGCGGCAGCUGCACCGAAGGCUGCGGAAGUCAAGUUGGACGCACCCAAGGCGGAGCCGCCGAAGGCGGCAACCCCAGCUGCUGCGGCGCCUGCCGCUCCUGCCGUACCUGUGGCCGCCGCCAAGCCCGCGAUGCACACCAUUGCCGGCGCUGACCCGCGCACGAAGAGCGUCCGCAUCUCCUCGAUGCGCCGCCGCAUCGCCGACCGCCUCAAGGCCAGCCAGAACACGUGCGCAAUGCUCACCACCUUCAAUGAAAUCGACAUGACACCGCUGUUCCAGCUGCGCGACAAGUACAAGGACGAGUUCCACAAGCGCCACGACGUGAAGUUGGGGCUGAUGUCGCCCUUCGUGAAGGCGAGCGCGAUUGCGCUCAAGGACGUACCGAUCGUGAACGCGUCCUUUGGAAAGGACACCAUCGACUACCACGAGUUCGUAGAUAUCGCGAUCGCCGUGGCGACGCCGCGCGGCCUCGUCGUGCCCGUAAUCCGUGAUGUGCAGAGCAUGAAUUUGGCAAACAUCGAGACCGCCAUCGCCGACUACGCCGCGCGUGCGCGCAUCAACAAGCUGACCAUGGCUGAGAUGACUGGAGGCACCUUCACCAUCUCCAACGGCGGCGUCUUCGGGUCUUGGAUGGGCACGCCGAUCAUCAACCCGCCGCAUAGCGCCAUCCUUGGCAUGCACGCCAUCAAGAAAAAGCCGUGGGUGGUGGGUAACGAGAUCAAGAUCCGCGACAUCAUGGCAGUCGCUCUGACCUACGACCACCGCCUUAUCGACGGUAGCGACGCGGUGACCUUCCUCGUGAAGGUGAAGAAUCUGAUUGAGGACCCGGCGCGUAUGGUGCUGGACCUCUCGUAG